CAGCUCCCAGCUCGGUGCCUGCCCGGAUUCCUGACAUGGUGUAGGGCCCGGAGGGUGGGGAAGGCGGGAGCGGGGCGGGAGAGGACUCGGGGUAGCGAGCCUGCGGCGGGGCCAGAGUGCCCGCGCUUUGAACUCCCGGCGAAGGUGAAGCAGAACUUUGCAACUAGUGCCCGCGGCUCUCCUCCCCCAGCCUAAAACAACUUAAUGGAUCAGAUUGCUAAGAAGUACAUGGAAGAUUUGAAGAGCUGAAGAAAAAAAAUCAGCAUUAAACUUGGCUUUUUAGAACAUUGAUGGAAGUGCCUAAGUCUUAUUUGGGGAGGAGUCUUAAGAGAGAAUGAAAAACAACCAUACAUACUCGAUGCCUUUGUAAUUUCAAACACGAAUGGACACUCCCUGCAGGCCGUGGUCCGGUCACUCAGUAGGAACAGGAUUUGCGUCUGGGAGCAGACAGUUGCUCUAUCGAGGUUGGAAUUUGCCCUUGACAAAUAGCAAAAUGAUGAGUGAUGCAAGUGACAUGUUGGCUGCGGCGUUGGAGCAGAUGGAUGGUAUUAUAGCAGGUUCUAAGGCCCUGGAAUAUUCCAAUGGGAUUUUCGACUGCCAGUCUCCCACGUCCCCAUUCAUGGGAAGCUUGCGAGCUCUGCACCUCGUGGAAGACCUGCGCGGAGUGUUGGAGGUGAUGGAAACAGAUGAGAAGGAAGGCUUGAGGUGCCAGAUCCCCGACUCGACGGCAGAAACGCUCAUCGAAUGGCUCCAGAGUCAUAUGACGAAUGGACACCUACCCGGGAACGGAGAUGUAUAUCAAGAAAGGCUAGCACGUUUAGAAAAUGACAAAGAAUCUCUCAUUCUUCAGGUAAGUGUGUUAACAGACCAGGUAGAGGCUCAGGGGGAGAAGAUUCGAGAUUUGGAGUUUUGCCUCGAAGAGCACAGAGAGAAGCUGAACGCCACGGAAGAGAUGCUGCAGCAGGAGCUUCUGAGUAGGACAUCCUUAGAAACUCAGAAGUUGGAUCUGAUGGCUGAAAUAUCUAACUUGAAGUUAAAACUGACGGCUGUAGAGAAGGACAGAUUGGAUUAUGAAGAUAGGUUCAGAGACACAGAGGGCCUAAUGCAGGAAAUCAAUGAUCUGAGGUUAAGAGUCAGUGAAAUGGACAGUGAAAGACUUCAGUAUGAAAAAAAGCUGAAAUCUACCAAAUCUUUAAUGGCCAAACUUUCUAGCAUGAAAAUCAAGGUGGGUCAGAUGCAGUAUGAAAAGCAGCGGAUGGAACAAAAGUGGGAGUCCCUGAAGGAGGAACUGGCGUUGCUGAAAGAACAGCUGGAAGAGAAGGAAUCUGAAGUAAAAAGGCUACAAGAAAAACUGGUUUGCAAGAUGAAAGGGGAAGGGAUUGAAAUUCUUGAUCGAGAUGAAAAUUUUAAAAAGAAGCUCAAAGACAAAAAUAUUGAAGUACAAAAAAUGAAAAAAGCUGUGGAGUCUUUGAUGGCAGCAAAUGAAGAAAAGGAUCGGAAAAUAGAAGACCUUCGACAGUGCCUGAACAGGUACAAGAAAAUGCAAGAUACAGCAGUACUGGCCCAAGGCCAAGACGGCUACUUUGAAGAUCUGCUCCCUUCCGGUUCCAUCUCCACUUUGCUAGACGCGCAGAGUUUUAGUGAUCUGGAGAAAAAUCUGUCGCCUAUGCCAGGAACGGGAUCUCCCAGCCGUGACCCGCUUAACACAAGUGUUCCAGAAGAGUUUCACACCAGCAUCUUGCAAGUUUCAAUCCCUUCAUCACUGCCAGCAUCUAAAGGCUUGGAAACUUUGGAAAAAGCAAAAUUGCCUCCUAAGCCCGAGACUUCAUUGGAAGAGAAUGAUGGAAAAAUAAUCCUUGGUUCUGCUGCUGAGACCCAAUCGUGUGAUGGUCUUUUAACUUCAAGUCUGCAAAAGUCUAGCAGCCUGGGCAAUCUGAAGAAAGAGUCAUCAGACGGGGAAAAGGAGUCUAUUCCGAGGCCUUCAGAGGAUAAAGCCCCGGUAGAAAGCAGCCCAUUUGGGAGCCUCCCUCCCAAAGCCCCAGGACAUGAUGCCUCGGUGGAUGACAAUCCCUUCGGCACUCGAAAAGCCAGGUCUUCCUUUGGUCGUGGCUUUUUUAAAAUUAAAAGUAACAAGAGGACAGCGAGCGCACCGAACUUGGAUCGUAAACGAAGUGCCAGUGCACCCACCCUAGCUGAAACAGAAAAGGAGACACCUGAGCACUUAGAUCUGGCUGGUGUGUCUUCUCGGCCAAAAGACUCACAGGCGAGCAGUCCCUUCCAGGUGUCUCCACCGUCGCCGGAUUCCAAAAAGAAAUCCAGAGGGAUCAUGAAGCUCUUUGGCAAACUGAGGAGAAGUCAAUCAACUACAUUCAACCCAGAUGACAUGUCUGAGCCUGAAUUCAAAAGAGGAGGGACAAGGGCGACUGCAGGCCCCCGACUGGGUUGGUCUCGAGACUUGGGACAAUCUAACAGUGACCUGGAUAUGCCAUUUGCCAAGUGGACCAAGGAGCAGGUUUGCAGUUGGCUUGUGGAACAGGGCUUGGGGUCCUACCUGAAUUCUGGCAAGCACUGGAUUUCAUCUGGCCAAACACUUCUGCAGGCUUCUCAGCAAGAUCUAGAGAAGGAACUUGGAAUCAAGCAUUCGCUUCAUCGAAAGAAACUCCAGCUGGCACUGCAAGCCCUGGGAUCUGAAGAAGAAACCAAUCAUGGAAAGCUGGAUUUCAACUGGGUCACUAGAUGGUUGGAUGACAUUGGCCUCCCCCAGUACAAGACCCAGUUUGAUGAAGGACGGGUCGACGGUCGGAUGCUCCACUACAUGACGGUUGACGACUUACUGUCUUUGAAGGUUGUGAGUGUGCUCCACCAUCUCAGCAUCAAAAGGGCCAUCCAGGUCCUGAGGAUCAAUAACUUUGAACCAAACUGUCUACGGAGGCGGCCAUCUGACGAGAACAGCGUCACCCCAUCAGAAGUCCAGCAGUGGACCAACCAUCGGGUGAUGGAGUGGCUGCGCUCCGUGGACCUGGCGGAAUACGCCCCCAACCUCAGAGGCAGUGGUGUCCACGGCGGGCUCAUGGUUCUAGAACCUCGUUUUAAUGUAGAAACAAUGGCUCAGUUAUUGAACAUCCCACCAAGUAAGACCCUGUUGCGAAGACACUUGGCCACUCAUUUCAACCUUCUGGUCGGAGCUGAGGCCCAACACCAGAAGCGUGAUGCCAUGGAGUUGCCAGAUUAUGUGCUUUUAACAGCUACUGCCAAAGUGAAGCCAAAGAAACUCACCUUCAGCAAUUUUGGGAAUCUGAGAAAGAAGAAACAGGAAGAUGGGGAAGAGUAUGUUUGCCCAAUGGAACUGGGACAGGCAUCAGGAGGUACCAAGAAAGGAUUUAAGCCAGGUCUGGACAUGCACCUGUAUGACGAGGAUGAUCUGGACCGGUUAGAGCAGAUGGAAGAUUCAGAAGGGACAGUGAGGCAGAUAGGUGCGUUCUCCGAAGGCAUCAACAAUCUAACCCACAUGUUAAAGGAAGACGACAUGUUUAAAGAUUUCGCCGCCCGCUCCCCCAGCGCCAGCAUUACCGACGAAGACUCCAACGUCUGACCGCGGCGCCUGGAGCAGCGCCGGGAGCCCCACAUCCUUCUUCCGCUUUAUUUCUCAAACCCUCACGGAUCUACAGCAAGCAACAGAUUGCAUAUCGUUCGUUUAUGGUUCCAACGUCUCCUUUAGAAGUGGAAACGGAACGCAGGGGCUAGAUGCCUAUUCUAAAGUUGCCGCGAAAACUGAGACACUGGUGAAUGAGAGUGUAAUUGUUCUUCCUCUAUUUAAUGUAAAAAUCUGUGAUAUAUUCUAUUUAAAGUGAUGCGUUUGAUGAAUACUUUAUCCUAGUGUUUCCAUUCGCGUUAACAGUGUAGAGGAUUUGGGAGGUAGCAACCAGCAUGUGAAUGGUUUUGUCACGUCAGUGUGCCAGCACUGCCACCGUGGAAGCAGGACAUUAUAUGCUCACAAAGUCAACAUAUGCAAUUUCUGUCAGCUUUCAGUGUGCCCGCUAAAUGCCAGCCACACCUCCACUGGCCUCUUAGUGUCCUGUUUUUAUAUAUUUUUCUAAAUAUGUGUAUAUACUUCGUACAUAGAAAAUGGAACUUUUAUUUUGUGACAUAAAGAAGAUGGGGAAAAGAUCACAUUAAAAACAGCCAGUGAUCAAAGUCUUCAUAUACCAGCCAGUUCCUGGGGAGGUCAGGAUGAUCUUGCUUUGUCCACAAGGGAAUUUUAAUGAUGUUGAUCAUUCAGACCCAGUUAGUGUAUAUGAAAUACCCCUUCUUUGAUGACACAUCGCAAAAUUGUUGAAUACCUUUGUAAGAAUUUCAGUCUUAAUCUUGGAUCUUGUUACCUCCUAAGGAAGAACUUGAGGGACAUUUAAAUACCACUAACUUGAAUGCAUUCAGAAACUCCCCACGAAUUUGUAGAAAUAAUUUCCAGAGAAACCACACCAAAACAAAAGCCUUUACAGUAUUAAGCUUCUUAGUUUCCUCUUUGCUAAUGAUCUCAUUACAUCGAAAUACUAACAGUCUGCCUGAUGUUAUUAAUAUGUGCCCAUUUCUCAGGCUCUCAGCAAAUGGGAUUUUUUUUUUCUAAGCUGAAUAUUUGUCUCCAUCAGAGUUCAGUAACUCUGAGGCUGCAAAGCUAGUUUCAUAAUGGCUAUAACAUGAUACUAAAAUGAAGUUUAUGGCUUUCUGUAGCACGGGGCCCAAAUAUUCUUUAUGAAGAAAAUAGAAAAACCCCAACAAAAAAAAAAAGUUACUGUUUAUUGUUUUCUAGAGGUAUUAGAAAAAAUAUUCUGUUUUUUAAUUCAGUACCACGUCAUUACUCAUGAUAGCCAAUGGAGGUAAAGACAGGUUUUCACAAAGUGGCAGAGAGGUGGGCAGCUCCGUAUAUGCAGGGGACUUACUUCAUAAACUGUAUUUGAUUGGUGGUAUGCUCUUUGAAGUUAGCAGCAAGUUACACAGCUUUGCAUCAAGGAACCUGUGAUACUAAAUUACUAUUUAUUCCUAACUAAAAUGAUUCGAUGCCAAUAAUAAACCUUUGCUCCCUACCAUUCAUUAUUUGGUAACUGUAUCGGACUCAUACUGUAUUUGUGUUUUAUUUUAAUGUGAAUAUAUGUCACCAUUUGAAAAACGAUUUGUUAUUCGAACCUGGUUAAAAGUACCAGGAGACUGUUAUAGAUGCCAAACAUCCUUUAUUCAGGACAUUGUAACAUCACUGAUGAUGUGUGAUAAGGUUAAGUUUUUUUGAUGAUAUAUAUUUUAUUUACAAAAUAUUAUACACUGCUGGUAUUACCAUAUGAAAAGGAAUAAAGUCAAUUGAUAACUGCCA